AAAGAUUCUCGUUACCUACCUGGAAACGAGCAAGGAUUAAUAGUCCUAUCCUUGAUCCGCUUGUGAUUCUGCAACUCAUUCAUAUCUGACCUGUGUCCCGUUAUUCCCGAUAUUGCUCUUCUGUCGGCACCGACCACGAUCUUCUUUCUUGAUCGUGAUUCUUAGAGAUUGUGGCGCUCCGGGAGCUUUAGUAAAUAUUGAAGUUUAUUAAUACGCGUCAUUGUUCGAACUUCCCUCGUUAAAUAUGCCUCCAAGAUACGAUGAGGCGCCUGAGCUAAUACCUCAGAAUUUUCCAGAGGUUCAUCACCCACCUGCAGCACCGGAAGUGGCUAGCACAUAUGGACAACAUACGCCGGCAACUGUAAAGCCUGAAGAGUCAGCCAACCUGUCAGCAGGAUAUACAGGUUUUGCGCCAGUUGAGCACCCGCCACCUUCGUCGUAUACGUAUGACUAUCAAACCGGGUAUGGUCCUAUACUACCAUCAGAGCACGGCAGAGCGCCGCAACGAAUAUUAGGAUGCUCAGUACUAGUGUUUAUUCUAUCCAUUAUCAUUGCCCUUUUAUCGACAGCCGUCAUCGGCUUGGCGGCCGGAACUGGAGUCGAAGCAAGCCGAGCGAACGACGCAGAGGCGCGUUUGGCCGCACUUAGUGCUUCGCCGGCGACUGUCACUGUGACAGCACCAGGGCCAACAUCAACUGACUCCAGCGCGAUUGAUAAAGGAUGUUCUACAAAUUCAGCGGGAGUAACGGGAACCACAUACGAAUCUCAAUUUUUUAAUAAUCCCAGUUUCAAGAUAUAUUGCAACAGUGACGCUCCAAAUAACCCGCUCUCCUCUCUCUUCGUGGGUAAUUUUGACGACUGCAUCGACGCUUGCGCUUCUUAUUCUUUCUACAUACCUUCGGACUUCGCCCGUAAUUCCACGUCUAGAAAUGCGACCUGUGCCGCGGUCAGCUUUAUUCCUGUUUGGACUAAUCGCACAUUCGCAUUCGACCAAGACGCGCCGGGCAAUUGCUAUCUUAAACCCGGGCCGCAAAAUCAAACAGCGUUGAAUAACCCCAAUAUAGGGGGCUCUGCUGUUCAUGCGGCGAUUCUGGAUACGCAAUCCUAAUAACGAUAUAUCAACCUAUCGAUUUACAAUUCACUGUUAUGCAUUGGGUUUAGCAUGAGGUAACAAGGCAUACCCUUAACAUGAUACCAUAGCGCAGGAGUUGGGUGUUCACAUGGGAGGUUUUCUGGUCUGGGAAAAUAUAUUUAGCGCACUGCCCUACGUGGCUUUGGGGGUGGAGUUCUACAGUUCUUGAGCCUAGGAGUUAUUGGGGGUUUUGAAUUACAAUAGGUACCUCUUGAGGUUUGAUAGUAAAAAGAUCCAAGACAUAUAACAUUUUUCGCCUGGGAUAUAGAAGAAAAAUCCACCAAAAUCCUGAAAUGUCCCUG